GGUCUGAGUUGGGAUAUCAUGGAUCUUCUUCACAGCUGGGGGGUUGAGCUGGCCGUUUACCUGCAGACCAGAUACAGCAACUAUGAGGGCUUGUUCAGUGUGGCAUCCACAGUGGCCGACCUGCACACCACCUUCUUCUGGCUGUUCCCGGUCUGGUUCCACCUGCGGAGGGACACGGGGCUCAGGCUGAUCUGGGUGGCUGUCAUAGGAGACUGGCUCAACUUGGUGCUCAAAUGGGUUCUGUUUGGAGAGAGACCCUACUGGUGGGUUCAUGAGACCCAGUUUUACGGAGCAGGAAAAGCCCCGUCACUGCAGCAGUUUCCCAUCACAUGUGAGACCGGACCAGGAAGCCCUUCCGGUCAUGCCAUGGGUGCAGCAGGUGUCUGGUACGUGAUGGUUACCUCGCUUCUUUCUAUAGCGACAGAAAAACGAUGCCCACCUUUCCUACACAAAGUGUUGCAGGUAAACCUGUGGACAGUAAUGCUCCUGGUGGAGCUGGUGGUGUGCACGUCCAGGGUCUACAUGGCUGCCCACUUCCCACACCAGGUGAUCGCAGGAGUCAUCACAGGCGUACUCGUGGCUGAGCUCGUCUCCAAGCAGAAAUGGAUUUACACUACCAGCAUGAGCAGAUACUUCUUCAUCACUCUCUUCCUGACCUCCUUUGCUGUGGGCUUCUUCGUCCUGCUCAGAGCUCUGGGCGUGGACCUGCUGUGGACCCUGGACAAAGCCCAGAGGUGGUGUAUCAGGCCAGAGUGGGUCCACUUGGACACGACGCCGUUUGCCAGCCUCCUGCGGAACAUGGGCUGCCUGUUCGGCCUGGGCCUGGGCCUGCACUCACCGGUCCACAACGGUACCAAGGAGAAGAGCAGCGCCCGCUUCAAGAUAGGGUGCAUUGCAAUCUCUUUGUUACUGCUUCAGCUAUUGGAUGGAUGGUCAUUUUCCUCUGAAAACCACAUCAUCUUUUAUAUCCUGUCAUUCAGCAAGAGUGCUGUUGCACUCUUCAUCCCAACCGCUCUGGUUCCUUGGGCUCUUGGCAGGAUUUCCAAGAGAAAGACAGAUGGCAAACACUUGUGAUUUAGGUCCCACUUGAAAUUAUAAGUUAAUUACAAGUUUAAAUUUGUAUAUAUUUCAUAGGAUUGUUUCCUCUCAUUAUUAUGAUCUUGGAACAUUGUUUUGUUUAUCUUUUAGUCCUUAGCUUUACACCAUCAUGGAGGAAACUCGCUCUGAUACUCCGCUGCUGCCUGUGACAUUUGCCAAUGAAAAUAUUGUCUAUCUCAUUUCUCUUAAGAUGUAAGAUGCUGUACAACACUCCCUUGAAAGCUUUGCUGACUUGAGCAACACAAGUAGUAAUUUACUGAGCGAAAUAAACAAAGACAAAGAUUUAGGACAACAUCACAGGGGCAGAAAGCAGUGCUCAUCCAGGAUUCCUUGAAAAUGAGGGAUUAAAAAAAGGCUAAAAAAAGAUAAAUUGAUUGGCUGUCAUUCAGGAUUCAGAGGGGAUGGCAUUGAUUUGGCUAAACUCAACGCUAGCAAAGACGUCUUUAAUACAUAACCGUAAAUAAAUCAUUUUAUUAUGUCUAAAAAAAGCAGUGAAUUAGCAACUUUAUACAAAAAGAAAACCUGUGAAUGUACUCAAAAGUUUAGAAAUCAUUAAGCUCAAGCACCUCCCUUAAUCUUUAAGUGAAAACUAAGUGUCCCUCGUUAAAUGUUGCAUUGCAUUGACAACCAUAGAGUGAAUAAUUACUGGACAAAUCCUCUGUGAAGUCACCCAUACCACCCUAUAGUCACCUAUACCAAUCACAGUUAGACCAUGGGGCUCAGAUUCAUUCUCACCAAAGCUGUCCAAACAUCCUCUUAUCACCCAUCGCUACUGGAUCUCCUUUAGGUCGAAUAAUAUAAAGUCACAUAUUUAUACAGAUGGGGGACAUGUUUUUGAGUGACAGCUGCAGGUUAUACCAUUAAAGGCUGGUAGUUAUCAGUUUAUCUACUUAGUACUUAACAUUUUUGGUGAAUUAGACACAGAAGCUAUGAAAUGAGACAUAACAGAGUACAAUAACUCUUAUUUUAAAUAUUCUUGUGGUGUCAGUUGUACUGACAAAAUGCCACUACCUGCUCUGGGGUGGCCUCGAAGGGUUAAAGGGAGAGAGCGGCCGAACUAGCCGUGAGCCAAGGGGCCAGUCAAAUCGGCCCUCGGCCUGGGGCAACUGGGGGCAACUGGGGCCACCGCUGGGCCAGGCUGGGCCAGGUUUGGGCCAGGUUUGGGCCAGGCUUCGGCUGCCUGCUCAGGGUGAGCCACCUUCACUCCGCACCACUCCAGCCAGCACACUUGUUGGUGCUAUUUUUUUGUAGGAUUUAUUUAUCACAGUUGAGGGGAGCCAUUGCCACUAUGGUGAGAUUGCCACACAUGUUACAUAUUUUUUUUCUACUAUUACAUGUUGCACUAAAGAGUGAGAUGCUCCAGUUUCAGUCCAUGUAUGUAUAGCUCACUGUAUGUGUAAAUGACAAUAA